GUAAUACACUUUAGUUGCUGCAGUUAAGAUGCACUUUAUUGGUCUUAGUUUAUUUGUGAUCCUCGCAAUGCAAUCGUGGCAGUUGGGUGAGAGCGAGUGCUGUAAAAAGACCAUAGUCAAGUUUGAUAUAAGGAGGAAGGACGAUUGUCAUAAUUAUCUGAAAAGCACUCGCAUGUUUUUAUCCAUCACGUGCAAAAAUCGGUUGUGUAACGACUUAUCAGCGAAUUCGAUAUGUUGUGGAGUUGGCAGCUGCAACGCAUUCUGUUGUGAAUGUGAUGGCGGUUGCCUUAAAGGCGAUAUUGCCGAGCAAAUGGUAAACAAGUUUGGCAAGGAUAUCACAUUGCUUGAACCUAAACCUAAGAAGUCAAAGGAAAGUUCAGACGAUCUUGACAAUCUAGACGAGGACUCAGCGAUUCUCAGUUAGUCCCUUAUUGAUUGC